AUGUCGGGAGUGAUCCAACAGUUCCCGGUGGAGAGAGAGUACCAGAAGAAUCCCAGCAUCAGCUCCGAGGACAUAAAGAAGUUGAGGGACUGGAUGAAGACUCAGACACAUCUACCUGAACAAUACUGGACAGAUUUGGAUCUCAUAAUCGCCUACCACUGUUGUGAAUGUAGUACAGAGGUCACCAAACAGGUAAUUGACCUACACAUCACCUCAAGGACCUUGUUCAAAGAAAUCUUCCAGGAUCGAGUUAUUGAUAAGAGAAUUAUCGACACGCUUCAUGUUGCUCUUCUUGCUCCAUUGCCAACACCGACUGUAAAUGGUUACCGAGCGAUGUACUGCCGUCUUCUUGAUGGAGAUUACAGGAAGUACAACCUCACAGAUAUGAUCAGAACCUUCAUGAUGAUCUUUGACCUGUGGCAGUAUGAAGAAGGAACCUGGCCAGGAUUUGUGUUAAUAAUAGACAUGGACUUGGAGUGCAUGUUGGCGAAAGUAAAAGAGGUACAUUUUACGAACGCUCCGGCUUUUAUGGACAAAAUUCUAAUGCUGUUGAAGCCUUUCAUAAAGAAUGAACUGAUCCACAUUCUUCAUGUUCAUGAAAAGAAAUCAGAGGUUUUAUAUGAGUAUAUCCCAAAGGAGGCUUUUCCUGAGGAGUGCGGAGGAAAGUACAUGAAAUUGGAAACAUUACGAGAUCAUCACAUCCGUCGUCUCCAAGACAACAAAGAAUUCUUCGUGAGAGAGAAUCUCCGUCGAGUGAACGAGUCUCUCCGACAGAACGGAAAGACCAAGACUGUUGAAGACGUGUUCGGUAUUCAAGGAAACUUCAAGAAGUUAGAUAUAGAUUAG